GACAAAAUCCAGAUUAUAUCCAAACACAAAACAAUUUGCGUUUCUCUAUGUGGACCUGACUCUUCAGCUCUUACUGUUCAAGGUCCCGCUCUACGCUGCGUAAUUUAAUUAAAUAAACCCUGACAUCACGAACAAUAAUCAAAAUCAAAAUCACAGUAUCAAUUCCGAAUCAAAUGCUCAGAUUUUGAUUCUUGAAGAUGGAGCACGAAAAAGAGGACGAAAAAAUGGCAGUUGAAGAUAAAAUUUUAGAAACAAUCAAGAACUGUCAACAGAGGCAAGAAGCUCCGCUAGUAAUGGCUAUGGAGGUGGCGAAAUGUUUACUAUCAUUAGGUAUAAAACUGCCGAGCUUUGAAUUAGGUCAAGUUCUUGUUUCUCAUAUUUGUUUCCAGAAUAAUCAUCCUUCGUUAUGGAAGUUUCUCCAACAAGCUUUAUCUUCUCGUCUCGUUUCGUCUCUUCAUGUUCUCUCGCUUCUCUCUGCCAGAGUAAUUCCGAAUCGGAAGACGCAGCCUGAGGCGUAUAGGCUUUACCUUGAGUUACUUAGCCGAUUCUCAUUUUUAGCUGAUACUGUUGGUGAUGAAGAUUGUAAAGAGAAGAUAAUAAAGUCCGUUGAUGUUGCUCUAAACUUAUCACACACUUAUGGAAUUCAAGUUCUGGAGCUUGGGCAUGUUCUGGUGCUGUUCUUUUUUAGCAUUGUUGCUGGCUUGAUUGAUAGUACAUUUACUGACUGGGGAUUACUAAUGAAAUCUCCAAAUGUAGCAAGUGGACCAUUUGGAAAUGACAAUAACCAGGAUAUGGAUGUUGAUGCCAAAGGGAAGUAUAAUAUUGGAAGAUCUGAGCAUCGUGAACUUUUAAGAAAAACUAAUCCUCUCUUUGCCAUAGAGGUGCUGGUAAAAAUUACUGAAAGUAGAAAAGCCAUUAUUCUACUCCGCAGUGUUCAUCUAAACAAGCCAGAGAUUUUCAAUGGCCUCCUGCAAAGGCUGUUGUUUCUUAAAGCCAAUAAAGCAUCCUCCUUUAUGGACUCUGCAUACCAGCCUCUGGAAAGAUUGUUGGCGAAUAUUCAGAGAGUUUUUGAUUUUGAAUACCAGUUAAACCAGUGCAAGAUCAUCCAAAUGCUUAUUGAUACCAAACCAUGCAAGCCUACAGCUUAUUGCAAUUCAGAAUCUGGGAAAUCUGCCUUUUGGGUUUCCUUUGAUAUUUACAUGGAGAACAUAAUGGAUGGAAAGCAACUUCAUAUUAGAUCAUCUGUUGCUAUACUUAGAGAAACAAUUAAGACGCUCCAACUGCUUAAUCGUGCAUGCUGGCAGGAAACUUUCUUGGCACUCUGGCUUUCAGCUCUUCGUCUUGUGCAACGAGAACGCGCUCCUGUGGAAGGCCCUAUUCCUCAUGUUGAUUCUCGUCUUUGUAUUCUUUUGACUAUUGUCCCCUUGGCAAUAGCAUAUAUUUUGGAGGAUGAAGCCAUGUUAUGUAAGGUGGACGGAAACGCUCAGAGUUCAAGGAAACAUGGACUCAUUUCAUCUCUUCAGAUCCUUGGAGGCUUCUCUAGUCUCUUAUGUCCUCCUCCUUACGUCAUCGGUGCAGCAAAUGUUGCAGCUCUAAAGGCAGCAAGUUUCAUUUCUAAAUCAAAGAAUGCAAAUAAUGGACUAGGUGGUGGUAAUCAUUUCGAUCCUUCUGUAAAUGCAGGUGGUAACAUGAGGCAUCUAAUAGUAGAAGCCUGCAUUGCAAGAAACUUAAUUGAUGCAUCCGCAUACUUUUGGCCUGGCUAUGUGUCUGCUUCAGCUAUCUCAAUGUCAGAUUUACCACAGCUUCAAAAAUCUCCUUGGGUAACACUAAUGGAGGGAUCAACACUGGAUAAUUCUCUUGUAAAUCCACUUCUCACUAUUCCUGCAACUAGUUUAGCAGAGAUAGAGAAGUUAUAUCAUAUUGCAUUAAGUGGGUCAGCAGAGGAGAAGUCAGCAGCUGCAAAGAUUCUUUGUGGUGCAUCCCUAACCCGUGGAUGGAAUAUUCAGGAGCAUGUGGUGCAGCAUGUGGUGAAGCUUCUUUCUCCUCCUAUUCCUACUACUCACAGCGGACAAAGGAGUCACUUGGUUGACUACGCGCCUAUGCUCAGUGCUAUUCUCCUUGGUGCUUCAUCAAUUGAUAACGUCCACAUACUUUCUUUGCAUGGCGUUAUUCCAGAAGUUGCUGCUUCUUUAUUGCCUGUUUGUGAGACAUUUGGGUCGCUUAUGCCUACAUCAAGUAAUGUAACUAGCACAUGUUAUGACCCCACAUAUUACAUGGUUUUUUCUGCUGCUUUUCUCUUUCUUCUUCGUCUAUGGAAAUUCUAUAGACCUGCUCUUGAGCAGUGGUUGACUGGAGGAGGAGCCCUAGGAGGUGAGCUUACUUUGGAUUAUCUCAUAUUAUUGCGUAACAGCCGGAUUGCAUCACGAAAGUCUGCUGCCUUGGGAAAAAUCAAUAGUGAUUCAGUCCAUGUUGAAUCUACAUAUGAUAAGCCUGUGUAUAUCGACUUUUAUCCUAAAUUACAAGCUUGGUAUUGCCAAAACAAGUCGUGCGUAGCUUCAACACUUUCUGGGCUCUCUACUGGAAAUCCUGUUCAUCAGGUUGCUAACAAAAUUUUAAACAUGAUUUACUCGAAAAUGACUAAAGUGGGUGCUUCUCCGGGAAAUUCCUCAACUCUAUCAAGCAAUAGCUUAGGUGGGUGCUCUUCAAGUAGCAGUGAAGAUCCCUAUCAGAAACCCAUUCUUCCUGCAUGGGAAGUGUUAGAGGCCGUCCCUAUUGUUAUUGAGGCAAUAUUAACAGCAUGUGCUCAUGGAAGGCUUUCAUCUCGGGACUUAACAACAGGCCUGAGAGACCUCAUUGACUUUCUUCCUGCAUCUCUUGGAGGUAUUAUCAGUUACUUUGCUGCAGAAGUAACUCGGGGUACUUGGAAACCAGUUCAUAUGAAUGGAACAGAUUGGCCUAGCCCAGCAGCUGUGCUUUCAUCUGUUGAAUCUGAAAUGAAAGAGCUUCUUUCCGCUGCAGGAGUUGAUUUUCCGACCUUUUCUUCUGGCAAUUCCCCUGUCAUGCUUCCAUUGCCAAUAGCAGCUCUGGUCAGCUUAACUAUUACUUUCAAACUCAACAAAGGCCUGGAUUACAUUCAUGCUGUAGUGGGUCCAGCCUUGGAGAAUUGUGCAGCAGGUUGCGCUUGGCCUAGCGUACCAAUAAUUGGCUCUCUGUGGGCUCAAAAGGUCCGCCGCUGGCAUGAUUACAUAGUUGUAUCAUGCACUCGUUCUGUGUUCAGGCAAAAUAAAGAGGCCGUCACUAAGCUCCUAAGGAGUUGCUUCUCCUCAUUCCUUGGAUCAGUUAAUGUUUCGUCAUCUUUGAUGACCAAUCAAUGUAGUGUGGAUGGACUACUGGGAAGUACAAUUCCGACGGCUUGUGGAUCCUUAGCAUCAGGAUUUCUGUAUAUUCGCUCUUGUCGGACAAUACCCGAUAUUCAAUACGUGAAUGGCGUGAUAAUAGAUAUUGUAGGAGAGCACGCUAGGGAAUCGGCUGUGAGAUGGUCAAACACGAACUGCUCCCGUCUGAAGUCUUGCCAAGCAUCUCUAAAUCUGGCAGCUGCUAAGGCAAGGGAAGCAGCGAUACUCGGUGCAAGCCUCUUAUGCAUUUCUGGAGGGAUGAAUCUGGUUCAAGAACUUUUUCUGGAGACUAUGCCGACCCUGUUGUUCUCGUCAAGAGAAGUGAAACAGUGUGAGAUGAGUGUUGUAUGUCGGAUUAUGGAAGGAUACGCAAUGGCUUACAUGUUAGUACUGUCAGGGUCAUUAGCAUGGGGGCCUGGGACUAAAUCUCCUUCAUGGGCAUUGUCUAGAAGGGCACAAAUUGUUGGGUCCCACAUGGAGUUUUUGGCAGGGGUAUUGGACGGAAAAAUUUCACUUGGUUGUCAUCCAGCGACUUGGAGAGCUUACGUGUCUUGUUUAGUCCGUAUGAUGGCAAAUUUUACUCCAGCCUGGAUACAAGAAGUGAGGCUGGAAACUCUGAAGAAGCUGGCCAAUGGAUUGAGGGGAUGGCAUGAACAUGAGUUGGCUAUCUCUCUGCUCGAAAGAGGUGGAGCUGCAGCCAUUGGCCUUGUAGCCGAACUAAUAAAUGCCAUUGAUUGAGUAUUGACCCGCAAAAUAUUGACCCCGGUCAUCUACAUUCUGGAUUGUGUUGAAUGAAUGGUAAGAUCUGAUAUGAGCAACUCAAUUAUGCUUUCCUUAAUGUGUCUACCGCAAGGCUGCCGUCUGCUAAUUGCAAGAAAAGCGCCUAAGAUUCCUGAUGUACGCAAUACGUGAAAUGCGAGCCAUACUAACUGGGAGAUGAUUUUUUUUGUAUGACAUCGUCAAGAGAGGGUGUGACGAGAAGUUAGGGUUAAGUUAAGAUGAUGACUGCUAUCUGUCUAAAGCAAUCUUUUGUUGGGGGCACAGACAGGCCAAUGUGAGCUGUUUUGCUAGACAUGCUAGGAAUCAGAAAGUGGGGAAAGAGUUUAAUGUUUUGCCCAUAAGCAAGAAAAUAUAAUACAAAAUCGGUUGAGGGAUUACUAGUAGGAUGAGAAACAUUGCUGAAAAUAUUAGCAGCCACCUCAUUUCUAGUUUAUUAGGUUAGAUCUUUGUUAAUCUGAUUGAAAGAACCGAUUCAAUAAUUUUUGGGUAAUUUAUCUCGGACUAUAAUUACAACUACAAUUUACAUUUA